AUGGCUCUCCAGGACAGAAUGCUGCAGUUGGUGCAGGCGAUUGACCCGUUGACUCUAUCCGUAAUAAGGGAAUCAGACGUGUACGCCGACUACGAAGCAGUUUUAAACGAUCCUACAGACUUUACGCUCCCAUGGCCACCAAUGGGGGGCCGAAUUACGUCGGUGUUGAACGACCACCUCAAGGAAGCAAUUAAAGAGAUGUACACUGGUGCAGAACUCGGUGAAUCGGCUUUAGAACCGCAGUUGGUCAAACAGUUGGAUGAAACACGCGGUUCGAAGCCCAAGCUUGAUCGACAGCUGGGCAGCCUAGCUCCACAAAUUCCGCACUCCGUAGCAAAGGUGGCCGUAGCUCUACAAGGUGUGCCCGUUAAGGAAGCAGUAAUUGUCGACAGCUCCUUGGUACACGCAGGGGUGCCCGUGGUGAAACUGGGGAGUAAGGACCCUACCGAACAAAUGCUUCAAUUGGUCAGCAGAGGCUACCUCGCAGACGAAGUUUUGGAGGACAUCGCUUCCCACACAGCGACCGACCACGUCCUCAAAUCCGUCCACCAAACACCAGACCCUGGACCAACCGGCGCUGAACUAAAUCCGGGCUCUAACCCCGAAUCUUCGCCUCAGGCAGCGACAGAGGCACAAACAAAAACUGCCUCGAGUACGGAAAGCCACCCAUUCGACUGGGCCGCUCUGGGCGCCUUUGAAGAAGAAAUGCGGUCACAGGCAUGCCUUCCCUGGUACAUGCCCCGGUACCCUGAACCCUUCGCAGACACAGUCCCGCCGGGACUUCCACCUCCGGUCUUCAUUGAAGGCAUCGCCCAGGCCUGUGAAGCAGGAGACUGGCUGUCAGCGACGCGGCAGUUUCUGGAAUGGGCGAACGAGGCGACGACCUAG